AAGGAAACCAACCAGCCGCAUUGUUGUCAUUGAGCUGUGUGAUCGAGUUUUCCGCGAAAAUCCCUAUCAAGAUAUCCAUCAUUUGCAAGAUUAUAGGUUUUUUUUUUUCAAGUGAAGUUCAUCAUUCUGUUAGCCAAUAUUACAGUUCGUCAUUUCCGAGAUGACUUCAGAAUAUGGCAAAGAGAAUUCUUCUCAAGCCCACAUGCCAUCGAAGGCACACAUGACACCCGUUAGUGUACCAAGGGCCAACGCGGGACCAAAGAGGAUCCUUAAGCCAAAUGGCUCAAACGUUGCUUCUCUGAACAGAGGUACAACAGCCCAGGCCAGAACACAGCCUGUCAAACCAGCUGAGAGUGGACAUGGGCAAACCAGAAAACAAGAUGAAAACCCCAAUGAACAGAAGAAAUCAUGGAAGUUGAAAGACUUCGAUAUUGGUCGUCCGUUGGGCAAGGGCAAGUUUGGGAGUGUUUACCUGGCACGUGAGAAACAGACCAAGUAUAUCGUGGCCCUCAAGGUGCUCUUUAAGUCUCAGCUUCAGAAGGCUCAAGUGGAGCAUCAGUUGAGGAGAGAGAUUGAAAUCCAGUCUCAUCUUAGGCAUCCCAAUAUUCUCAGGCUCUUUGGUUAUUUCUAUGAUGACAGUAGAGUAUACUUAAUUUUAGAAUAUGCUCCUCGUGGAGAACUUUACAAGCAAUUGCAGAAAGUAGGGAGAUUUGAUGAGCAAAGAACAGCAACUUAUAUUCGUGAGCUAGCCGAUGCCCUAAAUUACUGUCAUUCUAAGAAAGUCAUCCACCGUGACAUCAAACCAGAGAAUCUUCUUUUAGGUCUUCUAGGUGAUCUUAAGAUUGCUGACUUUGGUUGGUCUGUUCAUGCUCCUUCAUCAAGGCGAAACACCCUAUGUGGCACGAUGGACUACCUCCCUCCUGAGAUGAUCGAGGGACGCAUGCAUGACGACAAGGUAGACCUGUGGAGUUUAGGUGUACUCUGCUAUGAAUUCUUAGUCGGAAAGCCUCCUUUUGAAGCAGAGGGCGCUAAUGAGACUUACCGUAGAAUCACAAGGGUUCAGUAUCAGUUCCCAAAUUAUGUAACUGCCGGUGCCAGAGAUCUCAUCAAAAAGUUACUCCAACAUAACCCCGCCCACAGACUACCACUAGAACAGGUACUUACCCACCCCUGGAUUGUAGAGAAUUCUAAGAAGAAGCCUUCAGCAUCCUCCUCAGAAUCACAAUCAUGAUAGACUCAUAUCCCUACAGAGAUAUAUAUUCUUUAUACUUUGGUCCAGAUGACCCAUCCAUGCCUUAUAGUCAUCUAGUACUGUAUCGUCAAAGCUGGUACUCACUUAUGUGUUUACUUUCGAGCGGAUGACAGGACGAGAUAUUUUCCUCCUGUUACUUAUUGAAAGGAGGAUCGGGGAGCAUCACUUGAAAUAAUACAUGUGGACGUUGAUGAUGAUGAUUACAAUAUGAGGUCAAUGAUGUCUAUGGUGUUUGUACAGACUACGAGGAUGAUAAUUGUCCCUGUUCUGGUAUUGAUUUUUGUUUUCUAGUUGUGAUGAGAUAGAUCAUGGUGAUCUUCAACAAUCGGGAUGAUUAUGUGACUGUAACAAUAUCUACUGAUAAUCAUUCUUUCAAACGUAAAAUGACUAUGUGGUUACAAGAAUCAGAA